UCAAGAUGCCUAAAAAAAUCCAUGGAGGCUCUGUUGUGGAGAUGCAAGGAGAUGAAAUGACACGGGUCAUCUGGGAGCUGAUUAAAGAAAAGCUGAUUUUUCCUUAUGUAGAUCUGGAUUUGCACAGCUAUGACUUGGGCAUUGAGAAUCGUGAUGCUACAAAUGAUAAAGUGACUGUGGAAGCUGCUGAAGCCAUAAAGAAAUACAAUGUUGGCAUAAAGUGUGCAACCAUCACUCCUGAUGAGAAAAGAGUGGAGGAGUUCAAACUGAAGCAGAUGUGGAAGUCUCCCAAUGGGACAAUUAGAAACAUCCUAGGUGGCACUGUCUUCAGAGAGGCAAUUAUCUGCAAGAACAUUCCCCGUCUGGUGUCUGGAUGGGUGAAGCCCAUUGUCAUUGGCCGUCAUGCUUAUGGGGAUCAAUACAGAGCAACUGAUUUCGUGGUACCUGGGCCUGGAAAAGUAGAGAUGACCUACACUCCCAGAGAUGGAGGCAAACCAGUCACAUAUGUGGUCCAUAACUUUGAAA